CCCACGCGUCCCAGCAGCAAAGGCGCUACCACACGAUUCCCAGCGCAUUGGCGGCUCCCCAUGUCUUCUGUGCCCACACUCUCGCUAAUAGAGUUCCUCUGCGGAAAUCAGACCAUUUGUUUUUUUACCCAGAGCUCUUCAGUCGCAGAACUUGAGAACAGGUCGGCGGACAUCUACAACGCCCCCCAGUAGGCGUGGCCUUGGGACCGGAAGAAGCUCCCGUUGCCAAGGAAACGCCACGCGCCUUGGCGCCUGCUCAACCACUGAUGCUCUCAUCCACGGUGAACCCGCCGGUUCCCCCAACUUGUAGUAGAGGCUGUGCUUGGGACAAGGGAACCUUCCUACGGAGGCAGAGAGAGGAAGGCUGAGGUUCCCGGGGAAGAUCCCACCGCGGAAACGGGUACCAGAGUGCGUCCCUUCCUGUCCUUGUAAGCCCCUUGGCCUUUGGAUUGGCGUCAAAGAUCAGUUGCUCGUUAAAUAUUUAAGCCCCAAUAUGGGAUUGUUGGACAGACUUUCAGGUUUACUUGGCCUGAGGAAGAAGGAGGUUCAUGUUUUAUGCCUCGGGCUGGAUAAUAGUGGGAAAACUACAAUCAUUAACAAACUGAAACCGUCAAAUGCUCAAUCUCAAGAUAUAGUUCCAACCAUAGGAUUUAGCAUAGAGAAAUUCAAAUCCUCCAGUUUAUCUUUUACAGUGUUUGACAUGUCAGGUCAAGGAAGGUACAGGAAUCUCUGGGAACACUAUUAUAAAGAUGGACAAGCUAUUAUUUUUGUCAUUGAUAGUAGUGAUAAAUUAAGAAUGGUUGUGGCCAAAGAAGAGCUUGAUACCCUUCUAAAUCACCCAGAUAUUAAGCACCGUCGAAUUCCAAUCUUGUUCUUUGCAAACAAAAUGGAUCUUAGAGAUGCAGUGACUUCUGUGAAAGUGUCUCAGUUGCUGUGUUUAGAGAACAUUAAAGAUAAGCCAUGGCAUAUUUGUGCUAGUGAUGCCAUCAAAGGAGAAGGACUGCAGGAAGGCGUGGACUGGCUUCAAGAAAAAACAGUACAAUCAGAUCCAAGCUGUGAAGACGUGAAAAGAUAGUCCCUGGAGACCUCAGUGAUUCUCAAUUAAUAGAAUCUACGUAAGGCAUACUGCAGAAUCUCACCUUUAUUUUAAAAGAUAUAAGCAACUAAGAAUAUUUUGUAUAACAUUCUGCUUGCUAUUGUGGACUCUUGAAGAAUAUUUUAAGGACUUUAGGACUUGAGACAUUGUUAAUCUGGCCAUUAACUAUACAAAAUCUAACAUUUCUUUGGAACUCCUGAAUUAUCAGCUUUUUGUAAAAGUAUACACAUUGUUAUAAUUAGAAUGUGUAAAUACCACUUAUGAGCCAUCUCAAUAUCCUAUCAUGAUUUAUGAUAUCUUUGAUGUAUUUUUAUUUUUAAUUGUCUUCUAAAAGUUUAGUUCAUUGUAUGACUUUGAAGUGCAAAUUGUGUUAGCUAAACAGCUUUAAGGAUUUAUAAGGGAUCAUAGGUAAUUAGUAUAUAUGUAAUUUUUAUUGUGUCACUAUCAAUAAAAAAUUAAAUACACCUA